AUGACCCUGUUUGCGCUUCAAGGACUGGAUAGGUGCUGGGCUCCCGACUUCAUACCUUCGCCCAACUGUUGGUGCGAGCAGCUGUGUCGCAUAUCGCCGGCACAACAUUUGAGGUAUCUGAAGGCCAAAAUUGCUUGGGAUAAGGUAAGAAAUUGAGUAGAUCAGAGUAGAUUUUGGUUUGAUUACUGUCAAAGCUUUAUACAUCAAGGUCUUGUGCAAGAAAAACUCCUUAUGACGGACAAUUUAGAGAGGUUCCAAAACCCCAAAGUCAAUUUUAGACCGAAAGAAGCUCCGUACAACAAAAGAGGAGAACAAAGAAAUUGUUUGUUAUAGAAGGGCUUCGUUUUACGGAGGUUGAUUUCGCCUGAAAUUGGCCCUGGUCUCUCUUGAAAUGUUUGUUAUAUCAAUGUUAUAUCUGUCGGGAAAAUAAUGGGGGUUUGUCGCUGUGAAAGGUCAAUCCUCGCCUCUCUCGCAAACCAAAUCUCGAGUCACGGCUAGCCAAAGCGAUAAUUGACGAUUUCAAGCCUCUACGAGUUCACAAUAUUUUCCCGACCGACUGGUAUAACAGAGAGUUCCAGAAGAAUAAAUAGCAAAUAUUUUCAAGCCAAAAAUCAGCCUCCGUAAUAUGAAGCCCCUCCAUAACAAACCAAUCUAGUUCUCCGCUCGGUUUUGUUGCACGGGGCUUCAUUUACGCCUAAAAUUGACUUUAUGGCUUUGGAAUCAGUAUAGUCCAUUAUAAGGGGUCUUUGUUUUACAAGAGUUUUCAGAACAGAGAAUUAACUGUAUGAUCUUCAGAACAAAAGUCUUUUUUAUAGGCAGUAAAGGAGGAAACGGAGGGAUGGCAAACUACAAGGUCACUAGAGUCCAUAGAGCCCCAUCAUCCGAAUGGACCGACUUCUUUGUAUAACUUUUAUUGCAGCCAAUUCUAA